GUGACCUGGGGCUGAUGCUUUAAUGCCAAAAUAAACAGCAACGUCAAACUCCAGUUGAGUAACAGCUGAAAAGGAAAAAGACAAACUGUCAACUUUUAAUAACUGUCAAGAAGGGUUAAUAACUUUUUUAUUCUGUAACACUAGUGGUCUGCGUGAAGCACAAAAUGUCUACGAAUCGAAUGAACGCACCUCUGAAGCUCCAGUUUGGACUCAUCAAUUAUGAAAAUCGUUACCUCACUGCAGAGGCUUUUGGGUUCACUAUAAAUGCAUCUGGAACAGGCAUGAAGAAGAAACAGAUCUGGACCUUAGAGCAAAACCAGGAGAACCAGGUGGUUUUCUUGCGCAGUCACCUCGGACGUUACCUGGCCACAGAUAAAGAUGGCAAGGUAAGCUGUGAGACAGAAGUGCCGGACGCAGCGUGCCGUUUCUUGAUUGUGCCCCAGUCGGAUGGACGUUGGGCUUUGCAGUCGGAGCCGCAACAACGUUAUUUCGGAGGCUCCGCAGAAUACUUGUCCUGUUUUGCUCAGACCAUUGGGGAGGCUGAGCAGUGGACCGUCCAUCUCGCUCUUCACCCGCAGGCCAGCAUGCUAAGUGUACCCCGCAAACGUUACGCUCAUCUGUCCACCGUCGCUAACGAGGUCUGCAUGGAAAGAAACAUCCCCUGGGGUGUGGACUCUCUCAUCACCCUGGUCUACCUGGAUGGAAAGUAUAGCAUGAAGACCUGCGACAGCCGCUUUCUCCGCAAUGACGGUAAGCUGGUGAUAGAGAACGAACCCGACACUAAUUUCACCCUGGAGCUCAAGUCUGGCAAGCUUGCGUUUAAGGACAGGGAGGGCAAGUAUCUAACACCGAUGGGGCCCACAGGAACCCUGAGAUCUGGCCGAUGUUCAACGCCAUGGAAAGAUGAGCUGUUUGAUCUGGAAGAGAGUCACCCGCAAGUCGUUUUCCAGGCAGCAAACAAAAGAUACGUGUCCAUUCGGCAAGGUGUCAAUGUGUCGGCCAAUCAGGAUGAUGAGACAGACAUGGAGAUUUUUCAGAUGGAGAUUGACAAAAACACUAAGAAGUGCACGUUCAGAACCAACGGUGGAAAUUACUGGACACUCGUAGCACACUGUGGCAUUAUGGCCACAGCUACAGAAACGGAGGAAAACACCAUGUUUGACAUUGAAUGGCUGGGCAGGCGCAUUGCUUUUAGGGCAAGCAAUGGAAAAUAUGUUUCCACUAAGAAAAAUGGACACCUUGCUGCUAUUAGUGAUUCUGUGGGGGAGGAUGAGCAGUUUGUGCUAAAGUUGAUUAAUCGACCUAUCCUGGUCCUGCGUGGAGAGAAUGGCUUUGUGUGUCACCACAGGACCUCUAAUGCACUGGACGCCAACCGCUCUGUCUAUGACAUCUUCUCAUUGCUGUUCAAUGAUGGUGCAUACCAAAUAAAAAGUGGAAAUGGAAAGUUUUGGUAUGUCUCCAGUAGUGGUUUGGUUUGCACAGAUGGGGACAAGCCUGAGGAUUUCUUAUUUGAAUUUCUGGUGCAUGGACGUGUCGGUAUCAAGGCUCAAAAUGGCAAGUACCUGCGUGGAGACCAGGGAGGCACACUGAUCGCUAAUGGAGUCAAUGUGGAUAACUUUUCCCUGUGGGAACACUGA